UUGCAUUUCUUGUUUUUAAAACUGCCUUUCCUUAAUUUUAAGUAAUUUAUUGCCUUGUAUUUUUAAUAGCUUUUAUACUUAGCUUUCAAUAUGGUGUCAAUGAAAUAACUUUCGUUGUUUUGUUGUCCGUUAUUGAAAUUGAAGGAUAUUUUUUUGUGCCAUAAAUGUACAAGUCAUUAAACAUAAAAUAAUUCAAGUCUCUAAUAGUUUAAGCUUUUAGACGAGGUGUUCAUUCUAAAUAUCACCCCCGUCCAUUUAUGAAUAAGUUCCACCUGAAAAAUGUUUAUAAAGAGUAGUCUGCACCAUAGAGUUCCACUUGCUAUUGGCAUAUUUUGUUAAUUUUUUUUGCAAAUUUGUAAAAGAGAAAACUUCUAUAUGAGAUGAUCAUUCACCAUAGAGUUCCACUUGCUAUUGGCAUAUUUUGUUAAUUUUUUUUGCAAAUUUGUAAAAGAGAAAACUUCUAUAUGAGAUGAUCAUUCACCAUAGAGUUCCGCUUGCUAUUGGCAUAGUUUGUUAAUUUUUGUUUGUUUCAUUCCAACUGUUGUACGACUGAAGUUUGGAAUUUUAGAUGCAACUGUUCCAGAAUCUCCUCGUAUCAACUACCCGACCAUGGGCCCUUGUUCGAGGCCAAAAUACUGCUCGGCUGUUGAUAGUUGCACUGGAUGCCAACCAUAAUGUUUUAGUGAAUGAAAUAGAGAAUGAUAUAUUUCGUUUAAUCAAACAAUUAGCCCCAGGGGAUGACAUUGAAAAUGCUAACGUUGAAGUUACGCAUGCAGAUGUACGGUAUAAGCAGAAGAAAAGUUUGUAUAAGGUUACAUCUACCUUGACUGGUCCGAUUGCUAUAGAAGACGUGAUCUAUUUCAAUCCACCGGGUGGUAUUCCUAAUACAGUUGAUACAUCUAAGGAUAUCAUAUUCCGUCGCAUUCGUUUUGGAAGAACUGAAGUUUUUGCGCAAUCUGAAGCUCUUUUAGCCACACAAGUUCAGAAUAAGAAAGUGCAGGCGAAGAAAGGAAAACUGAGGAUGGUUGAAUCGCAGCCAUCUGAUUCUCAAGAAGCAUCGAGUGGUGAUAUGAAAGUCGAUCACAGAUAUGUGAGAAGUGGAUUAACCAAUGGGAUGAUUUCUGGAUUACUGUUGUUUUCUAUACAUUCAAAAAGAACUACCUCAGCUGGUAGAUUGGUCAAAACAGUAAUCAUCGGUCUUGGAGCAGGACUACUUCCUAUGUGUAUGAGAAAUUACAUACCUACUCUAAAGAUUGAGGUCGUUGAGUCAGAUCCUGUGGUUCUGAAUGUUGCUAAAGAGUAUUUUAGUUUUGAAGAAGCUGAUGGCUUAAAGGUACAUAUUACUGAUGCAAUGAAGUUUGUCAAAGAGAGAGCAGAAGGGAACAACUCUUCCAAAAUUGACGUACUUAUAAUCGAAGUGGACUCAUCAGACUCAAGUUCUGGUUUAAUUUGUCCAGAGGCAGAAUUCGUUGAGGAACCUUUUCUAUUGGCAGCAAAAGACUCACUUUCUGAUAAAGGAUUAUUGAUCGUUAAGUUUAUCACAUGCUAUCCUGGUGUGAGGGCUGCAGUGUAUUCAAAUUUCGAAAAGGUAUUUAGCAACCUCUUUUGCUUGCACGCAGAUAAAGGUUUCAAUGAAUUAAUUUUCGCCCUGAAGAAGGACUCUCCAUUCAUUGGAGAGGAAGAACUCGCUCAAGCUUGUGAGGCACUUCAAAGAUCAUUAGAGCAUAACAGUGGGGAUUGGGUCAAACAAGCCUUAGUGGACUCGAAAAAGAUCAAGCAAUUAAGAAAAUCAUGAUGAAGAGAUAUAUUUUUAGCACACACUUACUUGUUGAUUACAAGUUGUAUGUACUGUACAGUUUAGUGAUUUUGAUAUAAUGAAUUUGCACAUAUUAUACCUUUUUUAAUCUGUUCUACUGUGUGAAUAUACUCACUCAUCUUAGUGUGUGUGUGUGAGUGUGUGUGUGUGUGUGUAUUAUAUGUAUGGCCUAUGGCUGAUGGGCCUAUGUGAGCAAUAAUUUGCUCAUGUUAUAUAAACUUGGAGGGCAUGUAUGUAAUAUAUGUAUAUGGUAAGGGGUAUUAAGAUAAUGUAUUAAUAACUGAAAGGGUCUCUAAGAAAAAUGUAUUGAACUUUUACAGUGAUAAAUAUUAUUUAUUUUGCACAACCCUUUCAAAUAUAAAUAUUAAGUACUUAUUCAUAUGAUUUCACUAAAACGAAUGAGCAACUAAUUCACAUUGGAUUUUAUGUUUCGUUUAUUUAUGUGUUAGUUGAGAUCUUCAAGCGGCCGUUGAGCCUAUGUGACAACGACGUAAGCAAUGUCAAAUACAUCUUCCGACAAAUCAAUUGCAGUUUUAAGUGCAGGUGCAGAGGCGAUUCAAGUGUUCUACAAGAAGUAGAAACUGACACUACCUCUGCAAUCUUUCUUCUAGCCAAUGAAAUCUUGUUAGCUUCGAAUGCCGUUUUCGCAUCGCUAAAAUGCAGCAUUGGCCGAGUUAUAAUAAUCGCGACAGUUUACGUAUAAACUUGUUUUAAGCGAAUUUGGUGAAUCGACAUGGUCAAGGUGCCUAUUCCGAGAGCUUGGAGCGACGUGAACCCACUAGUCCUUUGAUUAUUCUGCAGAAUAGAGAGACAUCUACUCACUCGGGUACUUUGGUCUCACAUAUUUAACUAAAGAUUGUAUAAUAUGCUUUACAUGAUUUAUGUUAAAGAAAAAUAUGGGUCAACCUAUGCAGCACGGACAUAAAAACUGUGAUAUAGGGAAAUGGGAAACAGACACAGAGAAACGGUAUAUUCCAAAGAUGAGGAUACGGGAGCUUGGGAAAAUGAAAGGUAAUAGACUCUAAAUGCCUCAGAAGAUCCACAUCAAUAACUAAAUCACACCCUCCAAGUUCCAAUAAUCUAACCCUAGCUUGAAAGUGAUGUUGGCCCACAGUCCAUUUGAACUGUGAACACUUGUACUUACUAAGAAUCUUCCUUCCAUCUGCCACAGAAACCCUCAAGUUAGAUGUAGGUUCUAGUAUACAUUUCAACCUCUUGGCAGUACUGGGAUCCAAGAAGGUAUGGUGCUUCCAGUAUCUACAAGAAUUGAAAUAGGUUGUUUAUUCACCAUUCCUACCAGUUUGAUUGUACUAGGAGAGACUUGACCAGCUAGAGCAUACACUGAAAUCCUUUAUAGCUCUAGUUCUUCUUCCCUCUCCUCCCCUAUAAAAUCAUCUCCACUGGAUUCCUCUUGUAC